AUGAACACUCAAAAUUUUGUUGGCAGUACAACUGCUGCCGGUGGGGAUGAUAAUAAUAAUAAUAAUAAUCUUUCUUUACAACGUUCGAAUGGAAGUAUCACAAUACCAUCAUAUGAAGGAAAUUAUCACGUCGAUAUAUCAUCAACAAAUUUUCAACUCAAAACAAUAACAUCAUCAUAUACUGGUCUUAUGCGUAUUUAUCGUUUAUUAUAUAUAGCAGAACAUUGUCCAGCAUUACAAACACAUUUUGUUUCUCUUUAUAAACAAUAUCAUAUUUCGGUACUUGAUGAAAUUAAAAAACAAAAUAUACCAUUACCAAAUGAUUUUGAUGCAGUAUGGUAUGAACGAACACAACGAAAUUAUGUUCAUAAACUUGAAAAACUUGAUAUUGAUCUGAGAAAUUUUCGUACAAAUUCAAUUAAAGAUUCAAUACAUCGUGGUCAUGAUGAUCUUGGUGAUCAUUAUUUAGAUGCUGGAGAUUUUUUCAAUGCUGUUUGUUGUUAUGUACGUUCACAAUAUUAUUGUAUUACACCACGACAUAUGAUGACAAUUAAAGCAGAACAAGCUAUUGAAAGUCUUGAAUCAACAGCAAAGUUAACAGUAACAUUAUCGGUUACGAUAACAAUGGUUAAUCCAAUGGAAGCACUGAAUUCAUCGACAACAAAUUCAACGGUUGUAUCUGAUUAA